CGUCAUUCCCUAAAAUCCGAUCUGAUCGCUGGAUCCGUGACUUCCGGUCAUCACGCCACCGCUGGAUUCAGAAAAUGUAAAUAAAGACCAUCUGCUUCGAUAUGUAAAGAGCCCCCUGAAUCCUCCAAUCACAGCUGCGCUUGAGUUUUAGCCCCGCCUUCCUUUGAGCUCUCGGUGUUUCUAUUGGUUGGAUGUGAAGACUUGCCGACGUCAGAGUUCUGUGUUGUCUCCGCCCCCUCCGCAUCGAGGACAAAAACAAUCCUCCUGACAGUCCGGUGCAAAAAAACAGCCGCGUCCAGGCGAGCUCAGGUGUCGCUCACCUGUCUGUGUGGCACGGCGGGAGAAAUGGUUUCCCCGGUAACCGUGGUGAAGAGCGAAGGCCCAAAGCUGGUGCCGUUCUUCAAAUCCACCUGCGUCUACUUCGUGCUGUGGCUGCCCACCUCCACCCCAUCCUGGUUCAGCGCCCUCAUCAAAUGUCUGCCUAUCUUCUGCCUGUGGGUGUUCCUGCUGGCUCACGGCUUCAGCUUCCUCGGCGCUCGUUCCAGUGCCCGCAAGAUCCUGGCGGGGCUCAUCUUCUCCGCUCUGGGCGACGCCUUUCUCAUCUGGCAGGAGCAAGGCUACUUCGUCCACGGUCUGCUGAUGUUCGCCAUCACCCACAUCCUGUACUCAUCGGCGUUCGGGAUGAAGCCUCUGAACGUCCAGGCGGGUCUGCUCAUCACAGCCGUUUCCUUCCUGACCUACCUGCUGCUGUACCCUUACCUGUCGGGGCCCUUCACUUACCUGGUGGCCGUGUACAUUGCUCUGAUCGGCUUCAUGGGCUGGCGGGCCGUCGCCGGCCUGCAGCUGGCCAACGACCUGUGGACCUGGACCAAGCUGUCGGCGUGCCUGGGCGCCGUUCUCUUCAUGGUGUCCGACCUCACCAUCGCAGUCAAUAAGUUCUGCUUCCCGGUGCCCCACUCCAGAGCCAUCAUCAUGGCCACCUACUACGCCGCCCAGAUGCUCAUCGCGCUGUCGGCCGUGGAGUGCCAGGACGUGGAGGUCAGCAGGAGGCGAACAUGAGGUCAGCAGGCCGGAUCAGUGGCGAGCGACCACGAACACAUCUCGCUGCCAAGUCCCAGCCCCCCUCCCUUCAUCUCAGUGUGGCACUCCCACACCGCUCUAAUGACUGAUGCCCUGCAGUAGCCCCGGCCCCCCAGUGACGUGGUCCCUGGGAAUCCUCAGUGUUAUCUCCAGUCCAUCCUGUAGGUCGACCCCCCCCCCCCACCAUCUUAAAUACAGAAAGGCUGCCUUCUAACCACGUUACCAUGGCAACAGGUGUUCCCUGAAAUGUCACCGAGCAUUCCUUUACACUUCUCUGGUUUACUCAGGGGGGGUGUAACACGAGCCCUCCACCUCCGCUUCAGUGGUUGGCUCCGCCUCCACACUGACUCACAGUUUCUUGUUGCUCAAAAGGGAGUUUUUGGCACCAAAGUUCUGGUGUUGGCUCUCCUGGAUGUUCUUCUGUAAGAAUGAUGCUGAAUGUUCAGUCUUUCUAUCUAACACCUCCCCAGUCAGGGCAGGCCGCUGCCCCCCCACCGAGGCUCCAGUCCUGUCUGCAGGCGGUGGAUUCAACAGGAAGUACAGAUGGAAGCGGCGCAAGAUCGGAACCAUCAACUGGAUCUGAGAACUGGACUGAGUGACGCCGCCAGAAGAAAAUGGUUCACUUCCUGCUUCAAUCAGAUGAAGUCAAUUCAGUCGCCAUUUUUUUUCACGAUACAGACGCCGCCAUGUUGGAGCCAGACAACGUCAGUAAGCAGUGACUGGUCUAACUGUGACGUGGAGGCCAGCACACACAACAAAUAACACAAGUACUACACACAACAAAUAACACAAGUAUUACACACAACAAAUAACACAACACAAGCACUACACACAACAAAUAACACAAGUACUACACACAACAAAUAACACAAAUACUGCAUACAACAAAUUACACAACAUACACAACAAAUAACACAACAAAAAUACUACGCAAAUAACACAACACAAGCACUACACACAACAAAUUACACAACACAAGUACUACACAACAUACACAACAAAUCACACAACACAAGCACUUAACACAAUAAAUAACACAGCACUCAAAAAUAGCACAACACAAGCACUACACAACAACAAAUUACACAACAUACACAACAAAUAACACAACACAUACAACAAUUGACAUAACACAAGUACUACACAAAUAAGACAACAGACACAACAAAUAACACAACACAAGUACUACACAAAAAACACAACACACACAACAAACAACACUACACACAUUGUAAACACAGUACACACACACACAACACUAAACACACACCACUGAACCUACUACUCACUCUACUCAACACACUACAACAGCACACACACAGCACAGUAUUAAACAUACAACAAAUAACACAGCACACGCACUACACACGAAAACUACACACCACUGAACACACACACACAACAAACAGCACAACACACUGCUGAACAUACUACACACACUCACUGCACGUCUAGAACAGUGUGGACAGCUUGUACCGUUCUGUCUGUGUCUCAACCCCAAACAUCCAGACUCAGGUGUGUUCAGGUGAGCAUGUUAACGAGCUCGUCACGUAGGUGCAGGUGUGAUGGAAACCUUCCCGUACACAAACCAUGGACAGGUGCAGUCAGAUCAGGGAAAGCUGCUGAGCUGACAGCGCCCGUGUUUGACCCGCAGAGGCUUCACUCCAACAUGAGGACAGACCAGGACGAGACGCGGCCGCCGAACGCCAUUUAUGGCAGAAUUCCCAACAAUCCCUCUGAGAUCCGAAUGAAUCCUCCAGAAUCCAGCGGGAUGAUUCCCUGCUGCUCCCACAGACACCUGUCCUUCACCUGAGGCGCCACACCCAUCACACAGGCAUAUUAUGGGAUAGAGUUCAUGUUUUUGUUGCUCUGGGUUUCCUUCUAAUGAUGACUUUAACCAUUUCUAAGCGCCCCAGUGUUGGCUGGACUUUUCAUUCUUUGACAUCGAACCUUUUUUUCUACAUUGUGAAGUAUUAGCUACAGUGAAAAUGUCCUUUAUUCUCACCAAGGAUGUAUUCUAUCAGACAAUCGUCUUUUUAAAAUCACUUUCAGCACAAUCUCAAAUCUGGUUCCAGCGAAGGAAAACCCAACAGAACAUUUUUACUUUUCCUCGUCUGAGGAAGACCUCCGAGCUGGAGACGUUCUGAAGGAUCCAGAGAUCUAAAAGCGUUCUCAGGUUCUCUUUCUGGAGCGUUCUUCACUGAAACCAGGCUCCACCUCACUUCCCCUUUGCUUGAAUCUGACCCACAGCCGGUUCCUCUGGCCCGCUGGCUCGUCAGCAGAAUAUUUGUGCUUUGUCAGCCCGGCAGGGUCAUGUGACCUCCCUUCCUCCCGUACUGUCAGCUGCUCUUCCACCCGUCCGCUGGGGCUGACAUCAAAGCUUAGAAAGGAGGGAUGAGAAGACUAAAGAGGUUGUGUGUUUGGGUUGGGGGGUGUCUGGGGGGGGCACAUGCUCUGCUUCACGGAACACAGCGUUCUUCCAAAGC